UUUCCUGACAUUUCCGCCGAACUCCCAAUGAUCCCCAAAAGUGAAGAGUCCAGCCCACGAAACUGGUCACAAACUGACAAAAUCAUAGUCCCGGAUCUAAACGUUACAGAAAAGAACGAAUCCUCUUUUUUUAUAUUUGAAAUCCACCAUUUUCAGUCAUAGAGGGAGUACACAAGCAACAGUCAAUCCUUUGCCAUAGCUACUGUCUGACGUUAGUUCAUACAGAAGAUGGAGAAGAAAAAGCAGAAGGAUAAAAAAUGGAGCUAUGAAAAGAGAAGCCCUUUGCAAGAUCUGAAUGUUAUUCCGAGAUGUAACAGCAAGAGUAGCAAUGCUUCAACUUCCUCUUCCAUUUUCAUUGAAGCCCCAAAAGGUCGACUUCCUUUUUUCAUCUCUUCAAAUUCUUCUUCCUCCUCCUCGUCUUCGUCCUCUUGUUCUUCUUCUUCUUCUAGAGUUCAUUUCCACCAAAAGCCGAAACUUUCUUCGAGAAUUUUAAACCCAAUGCCUAAAUCUACACGUUUGAGAUCUAAGUCCACCAACGAGAACGUUUUACCAAGACCCAAAAAGAACCCUCCUUUUCUAUCUGGGAAGAAACCCACCUCCCGAAACUCAAAUCUGAAUAAUCCUAUGAAGAAAUCAGCAUUCGCGUUGAUUAAACCGAAGAUUUUGAAGCAAAAGGAGGAAGGAAAUGGCUCAGGUGAGCAAAUUCAGAUUUUGGGUAAUAUAUAUAGUAAUUUGACUAAUUUUGAGAAUUGUACACCUCUAGGUAAAUUAUCAUCUGGUUCUGGUACUGAAUGUGCAACUUUAGACCAAUUUUGUAAUGGAGAGUCCUCAAAUACAAAUAGUAAUACUACUAAAACACCUCCCAUUGAGGCUUCAGUGUCCCCUGAAAUUCAAUUUGGACUAUCCACUGGGCUGGUUUCAGCUGCAACACCUUGUUAUGCUGCUGGCCAUGUUCUCUCUGGUAUCACUGAUAAAAGAAAAUGUAGGCCUAGAGGUGUUCUCACUAUAGGAACUUUAAUUGAUUCAUCAGAUUGCGAAAAAGCUAGUGGCUUAGAUGCAGUUCCUAACAAGUCUAGUAGGGUUUCUUUGAUUCCUUUGCCUGCAUUGGCUUCUAUGCAUUGGCUCUCAUCUCCUUGCCGUGAGAACAAUGCCAUUUGUGAGGGUGAAUCUGUAAACGAAUUUGGAAUGUUGACUGGAUCUGCUAUGUCUGAGUUGCCGGAUUCAGCUUCAACAUGUUCUGGGAGUACUUUGGAUUCAGUACAUAACAGGGGAAAGUACUGUGAUAGUGUAAAUAGGGAUGUCGCACGAACUGGUGGAAAAGCUCGGAUUGUUUUGCAUUCUCCUGGAAGUACCGAAUAUAAAGAUCCAUCAUCUGACGAGAUGGGGAGGAAUUCGUUUCCGCCUUAUCCCCUGGCUAUAUCUUGUUGUCGUGAUGUGAAAGCCCCGGAUGAGUGGAAAUGUUCAUGCAGUCUUGUUUGGGAGAAUUCUCCGUGCUCUACGGCUUCUUUGAGCAGUGGGAAUGUUAUUCAAACCCCCAAAUCAGAUUUAAGCUCAGGAAGGUAUGGUGACCUUUCAUGGUUACAUUCAGGUGAUCAUGGAGACAACCUUGGGGGUGAACUUGAUUCAGUGGCAGAUUUUCUUUACAAAACAAGUUUAUCACCUACGACUCAACCAUCGGCUUUGGGUCCGCCUAAUCUGCAUUUUAAGUAUGCUAGUGCUUCCUGGGUGUCUGACUCUACAUUAGACAAUGUAUCACAAUCUCACAUGAGGAUAUCAUGGAGGGAUGGGUUAGUGAGUCGGAUUUUUGAGAGUGAUGAUUUAGAUUGCUGCAGAUGCUUAACAGAUGAUGAGAAUGCCGGUUUCUGUUUCACCAAUGAAAAGACAAAUGUUGGUGUUAAAUCCAGCUCCCAUGAAGAAAAUGAUCUUUUACCAGAGAGUGGUUCUCAGUCUUCUGAAUCUCUAGAGCACAAACACGAGCUUUCGUGGAGUGGAAAGUUAAAGUCUCCUCUCCCAGAAGCAAACUUGUGUGCAGAGUCCAUAUGUAUUGAAGGUGGUGGCUUAGUUUCAUCUGCAGAUUCUGACUGGACCCAUAAUUAUAAAAACCAGUUGUAUCAAAUUUGAUUCUUCUGGAUUUAUUUGUACGAAUUCUUAGAAGCAGUGUUGCUCUUUUAUGUUUGAACACUGUUUGUUGUUGCUCUAAAUUAUACCCAAUUACUACUCAUUUUCUUCA